CUAGUAGGCGCUGUUGCAAUGUGGCGUGAUGCUGUGUUUGGAAAGGAUAAACUUCCGGUUCAAUUUCGCUCGCGUCCUCUUUUCCGGCCUGAAUCAACAUGGGACGAGUCAGGACGAAGACGGUCAAAAAGGCCGCCAGGGUCAUUAUCGAGAAGUACUACACCCGUCUGGGCAAUGACUUCCACACCAACAAGAGGUUGUGUGAGGAGAUCGCCAUCAUCCCCAGCAAGCCUCUUCGCAACAAAAUCGCUGGUUACGUGACUCACUUGAUGAAGCGCAUUCAACGCGGCCCGGUGCGAGGCAUCUCCAUCAAGCUGCAGGAGGACGAGAGGGAGAGAAGGGACAACUACGUGCCCGAGAUCUCUGCUCUGGACCAGGAGAUGAUCGAGGUGGACCCGGAGACUAAAGAAAUGCUGAAGAUGCUGGACUUUGGUAACAUCUCCAAACUUCAAGUGACUCAGCCCGUUAUUGGCAUGAACUUCAAAACCCCUCGAGGACUUUAGUCCUGUUGUUCCAUUUCCUAUUAAAGAUGAGUCAUUGAUGGUU